AUGGAUAUCAGUAAAUACGAAAUGACAAUUGAGAAAAAAUAUGAAUAUGUUAUUGAAGUCAUUCCCGAAUCGAAUUUAGUAAAAGUUGAACAAGAAGUUGAAACUUUCAAUAAGUCUGAUGAAGGUUCUAAAAGUGAUCCGUACUCUAUGGAUUACCAAGAUGGUAUGGACAACAAUGAUGACAGGAUGAAAAUUGAACGUGAUGAUGAAUUCGACCUUAACAACAGAGAUAUCAAAACGGAGAUCGUGGAUGAGGGUAACCUGACCGACGAUAUUCGAAAUGAUAUGGCUGAAGAUGUUGAGUUGGUACAAGUAACUGAUCCGUACUCUAUGGAUCACCACGAUGAUAAAGACUACCUUGGUGAACAGAUAAAACUAGAACGUGGUGAUGAAAUCGACAUUUUCUACGAAGAUAUCAAAAAGGAAGUUUUGUAUGAGGAUGACGUGACCAACGAUAUUCGAGGUGACGACAUGAGUCAUGGUGUCAAGUUGCUGCAAGUAACUGAUCCGUACUCUAUGGAUCACCAAGAUGAUAAGGACAACGUUGGUGAACAAAUAAAUAUUGAACGUGGUGAUGAAAUCGACAUUUUAUUCAAAGAUAUCAAAAAGGAAGUUGUGUACGAGGAUGACGUCACCGACAAUAUUCACGAUGACGAUAUGACGCAAGAUGUCAAGCUGCUGCAUGGUCAAGUUCAGGAACGAACACAUACUGAAAAAAGUUCGUUUCAAUGCAGAAUAUGUUUAAAAUCUUUCACUCAAAAUAGUAAUUUGAAGGUUCACGAACGGAGUCAUACAGAAGGAAAGCCAUUUCAAUGCACAAUAUGCUCAAAAUCUUUUACUAGAAGAAAUCAUUUGAGAGAUCACGAACGAAGUCAUACUGGAGAAAAACCGUUUCAGUGUAAAAUUUGUUUGAAAUUCUUCAGUCAAAAUAGUAAUUUGAAGGUUCAUGAACAAAGUCAUAAAGGAGGAAAGCUGUUUCAAUGCACAAUAUGCUCAAAAUCUUUUGCUAGAAGGAAUCAUUUGAGAGAUCACGAACGAAGUCAUACUGGAGAAAAACCGUUUCAGUGUGACAUUUGUUUGGAAUUCUUCAGUCAAAAUAGUCAUUUGAAGGUUCACAAACGAAGUCAUAAAGGAGAAAAGCCAUUUCAAUGCACAACAUGCUCAAAAUAUUUUGCUAGAAGAACUCAUUUGAGAGAUCACGAACGAAGUCAUACUAGAGAAAAACCGUUUCAAUGUAAAAUUUGUUUGAAAUUCUUCAGUCAAAAUAGUAAUUUGAAGGUUCACGAACGAAGUCAUACAGGAGAAAAAUCAUUUCAGUGCACAAUAUGCUCAAAAUCUUUUGCUACAAAAAAUCAUUUGAGACAUCACGAACGAAUUCAUACUGGAGAAAAACCUUCUCAGUGUAAAUUAUGUCUGAAAUUCUUCAAUCAAAAUAGUAAUUUGAAGGUUCACGAACGAAGCCAUAGAGGAGAAAGACCAUUUCAAUGCACAAUAUGCUCAAAAUCUUUCGCUAAAAGAACUAAUUUGAAAGUUCACGAAAGACGGCAUACUACAGAACAACCACAGUUUGAAAUGUUUCACCCGAAAUGAUAGUUUGAAAGUACACUAAAGGAGCCAUACAGGAGAGAAACCAUUUAUACGUACAAUCUGUUCAAGAUCUUUCAUGCUAAAUAGUUCUCUGAGAGCUCACAUAAUGGAUCAUACUACCGUUGAGUAGUUAGUUCGUUGA